GUGGCUUGUACACAAAACCCCUAACAUGCCUUCGAAAAGGAAGUCUGUCUUUUCCCUAGCAUCAACUGGCAAGGACAAAAAGAUAAAGCACAAUGCAUCUGAACGCGCCCAACAUCCACCCGUCUUGCAUGGGCAGCAAGAUAAAGCAUUCUCUAACCUGAGGACUGUGGUUCGCGACGCUCUUGAUAACCGCAGCCUUCCAAUGAUCACGAAUAGUCAGGCAGCUUCGAAUAUCAUGAGGCUUCUGACAGAGCUCGAUGCUGCCCUAUGUCACGCAGAAGUCCUUGUUCCUUCAUCCAACAAUUCACAGGAUCAGAAUUCCCAAAUCAUCGCAACCAAGCAUAACUCCCAGCUCCCGGAUCUACCUCGGAUCUCGGAUAGCGCCAUUCGAAAUGCAGUUUUCACGCACCCAGGCAUGAAGAAUGACAUCAGCGCCACAUACGAUCGCCUUGAAGUCCUAGGCGAUGCGUACAUCGAAGUCAUAUCCACGAGACUUAUUUGGGACAGGUUUCCGGAUAUAUCCUCUGGUCGCAUAUCGCAGAUCCGUGAGACACUUGUAAGAAACGAUACGCUAGCCGAGUUUGCAACAAGGUAUGGAUUUGACACCAAAGCCUCUGUGCCGUCUCACUACGCGGAUCAGCCAAGAAGGUGGACAAAAACAAAGGCGGACAUUUUUGAAGCAUAUGUCGCGGGUCUUGUAUUAUCUAGUCCAGCCGACGGCUAUGGUGUAGCUGAAGAAUGGUUGACACAGCUGUGGUUGCCGAUGCUUGACCGACUUGGCGACCAAAGGUCUGCUUUGCAUGCCAAGGAAGCGCUUGCUAAGAGGAUCAUGGGAAAGGGCGUCAAGCUUCACUACGCUGAUGAACGCGCUCCCUCGCAGCAAGGAAAGGGGACACAGCUCUUCUACGUUGGAGUAUAUCUUACGGGAUGGGGCUGGUACAACAAACAUCUCGGUUCCGGCCAGGGUACCAACAAAGCUAUCGCGGGGGACGAUGCAGCCCGACAGGCAUUACUUAAUGUCCAACUAAUUGACGAGAUUGUGAAAAUGAAGAAAGCAGAGACAUUACCCAAAUCUUGACGGUUAUCUUCCACCCUGUUGGCCGCAGUUAUUGUCGAAGCUGGCAAUUUCACAGUAUCAAUUACCGACUAAGAUUGCAGAGCACAGAGCACUAAUACUCCUUAAAACUGCCUAACAUUCACAGGCUGCGAUUAUGCUUGGUGAUUAGCAAGUCAGCCGUCCACAAAUGCCUAGACGAAUAUUAUAAGCGACAUUUUUACCUGUCAACUAUCGACAUACAUGUAGCAUUAUACCU